AUGGCGGGAAAGAAAAGGAAGGUCACUGGUCGGCAGCCUUCUGCAAAGAGAGACGAUGUCGCUCUCCAGUCCAAGUUCAACGCCAACGAAACUUUUGACGAUUCGGACGAUGAAUUUGUUGCAGGUCGCGAUCACAUCUUAUUAGAGGAAGGCCCAGAGGCGAAGAGGCGGCGCAAGAUACAAGAAGAAGAAGCCUUUUAUCAACCUUCCGACGAAGAAGUUCUUGGCUAUGAUGAAGAUGAAGAGGAAAUAGACGAAGAGGAAGAUGGAGAGGACGAUGAUGACUAUGCAUUUGAAUCAAAACGACAGCGCAAUGGAUCUAGUCCCGGGGCUGAUGAAGAAGAGGAAGGAGGACUCGGUGCAUGGGGAUCGACGAAGAAGAGCUAUUACAACGCCGAUGCUAUUGAAACCGAGGCCGAUGCGCUAGAAGAGGAACAGGAAGCGAAAAGGCUUCAACAAAAGCACUUGAAGGCUAUGAAAGAGGCAGACUUUGGCUUUGAUGAAAUCGACUGGCUUGAAUCUGCCAAAGACGCCGACAAGGAUGCACAGGACAAGGACGACGUCAUAACAGAAGUUCUCCCUCAAUUGGAAAUAACAGACGACAUGAGUUCUGAAGAGCAGCUGAAGAUUUUGAAAUCGAGAUACCCCGAAUUCGAGCCUUUGUCAAAAGACUUUGCCGAGCUCGAGCCUCAAUAUCCAACCUUCUUGGCUGCAGCGGAGAAGGCUGAAGCAGCUAUUGGGGACUCUGAUUUUACGCCAUUAUCUACUGUCAAGUUCCGGGCGCUCUCGGCGUACCUUGGCUCAAUCAGCAUGUAUUUUGCAGUUCUGACAUCGCCUGCUGAUGAAGAAGAUGCCGACAAAGUCUUAGCGCUACCACCUACAGAACUAAGGGAACACCCGGUUAUGGAAUCUCUUAUCAAAUGUCGAAAGCUUUGGGAAACCGUCAAAGACGUGGAAAUCGAUGAUGAGUCGGAACUGGAGGAAGACGAAAGCGACGGUGUCGAUCUUGAUGCUGAGGAAUCCGAACCCGAACUGGCUGUGCAAGAACCUACGCAAGAGAAGAAACAGAAAGUAAAGACCGCAAGCGAGCGGAAAUUGACCAAGUCGCAACGCGCUGCCGAAAAGGCCCAAAAGGAAGCACAGGCCCGUCGACUCGAGAAGAUUAAGAAAGCCGAAACCAAGCUGGCUGAUCUGGAUGAUUUGGUCAAAGUACCAAGUCGGAAAUCCAAGAGCCAGGCCAAAACGCCUCUACCACAAGACGAUGACUCAGACUUUGGCGACGAAGGCGCUCUUACCACCCGUGAAGCUGAAGAAAAGGCCAGGAAGAAACGCUCUCUCCGAUUUUACACUUCCCAGAUCGCACAAAAGAGCAAUAAACGAGAUGCUGCUGGUCGCAACGCAGGUGGUGACGAAGAUCUGCCUUAUCGUGAACGUCUCAGAGAGCGCCAGGCUCGCUUAAACGCCGAGGCCGAAAGACGUGGACGUGCCCAAGCAAACCAAGCAGAGCAACUGGGCGGAGAUUCUGACGAUGAUGAUCGUCGCCUAGCGCGGGAAAUCCGUGGAGAUGCUAAGGGGACCGACGAUGAUGAAUAUUACGACAUGGUUGCAUCUCGUAAUAAACAAAAGAAAGCCGAUAAAAAGAUACGAGCAGAGCUGGCAGAAGCGGCCCAAGGUGGCCGAGUUGAAGAAAUCGAAGAGGUCGGCCCUGACGGUAAACGCCGUAUCACCUACCAGAUUGAGAAAAACAAGGGACUAGCACCGAAGCGCAAUAAGGAUGUGCGCAAUCCUCGUGUCAAAAAGAGAAAGAAGUUUGAGCAGAAGAAGAAGAAGCUGGCUAGCAUUCGUCAAGUCUACAAGGGCGGCGAAGAACGCGGUGGCUACGGUGGUGAACUUACUGGAAUCAAGAAGAAUCUCGUUAAGAGUGUCAAACUUUGA